AUUCCUCCUCAUCUCCGAGCUGUUGCUCAACGCGCCUGCGGCUUCGUUCCGCGACCUCUCACUGGUGAUACUCCCUUGACAGUCGAAAUGGCCAUGGACCUCAAGCAGUACAUUAACGACAAUGUCGUGCGCAUGUUCGGGUCGUCUGACAGCGCAACUGUCGACUUUGUGCACUCUAUGGCGCUGUCUGCGAAGACGCCUGGGGAUCUGUUCAAUUCGCUUGUCGGGAUCGGGCUGGACGCUUCUCCCGAGGCUCAACAGUUCGCCACCCAAGUUCACUCCCUUGUUCCGCGGAAGACCAAGACAAAGGCCUCCAAGGCCGAGUCCAAAGUGAAGCCGCAGAAGUUCUCCCUACUCAUGGAGGACGAGGAACCGGCGUCGUCCAAAAAGAAGAAGAAAAGCAAGAAGGAGAAGGAGUCGGAAGGCGGUCGCGAUCGGGACCGUGACGGCGGCGCUGUCAAGCAGGGCCGUUCAUCGCGCAAGCGCGAAACCGAAGGCAACUGGGAGUCAGAUCCCGAGGAAGAGGAGCCACCAAAACGCGCCCGCUUUGAGUCACCAACACGCGGUGACGAGCCUGAGGAGCCGCCACUUCCCGAGGAAACGGAAGAAGAGCGUCUCGAGCGCGAGCGGCUGGAGGACCUUGCAGAACGAGAUGCCUUUGCUGAGCGUAUGAAGAGCAAAGACAAGGAUCGGACGCGCAAGAUCACGAUUGACCGCGGCGGCGAUGAAGAGCAAGCGCGGCGGAUGGCACUCGCCGACGAUCCAGAAAGUCGUCCAGCCGUGAUGGGCGACCUGCGUCUGCGCUCUCGUCAGGAGUAUUUGAAGAAGCGCGAGGCCCAGCGGCUUGACCUGCUCAAGCUGGAGGUAGAGGACGAGAAGAUCCUCUUCCGCGGGCAAAAGCUCUCGAAGCGCGAGAUUGAAGAGCACGAGCGCAAAGUCGAGCUGAUCCGAAUCAUGGAGGAGCGGCAAAAGAUCGACGACGGGACCGACGGUUACAUGCUGCCGGACGACUACAUCACCGAGCAAGGGCGCAUUGACUCAAAGAAGCGCAAAAACGCAUUGUACCAGCGCUACGAGGAGCGCAAGGUCAAAGGCGCGGACGGAGAGUUUGUGACCGACGUCGAUCAAUGGGAGGAGAGCCAACGCGAGAAGACGAACCUCAUCACGGGCGCGCUCGACAAGGAGGUAGUUGAAGAUGGAUACGACUAUGUGUUCGACGAGUCGCAGGGCAUUCAGUUCCUCCAAGAGGGAAAAAUGGACGGGACACUCACUCUCGAGGCGCAGGCCCUUCUCAACCAGGUCGAGGAAGCCGAGAAGAAGGCGCAAUCUAUCGAGGAAACGCGCAAGUCACUACCAAUCUACGAAUUCCGUGACGAACUCCUUGACGCCAUUCGCGACCACCAAGUACUCAUUGUCGUCGCCGAAACCGGAUCGGGCAAAACAACCCAGCUACCGCAAUAUCUUCACGAGGCCGGCUACACGCAGGGCGGGCUGAAGGUCGGGUGCACGCAGCCGCGUCGUGUAGCCGCCAUGUCGGUUGCGGCACGUGUUGCAGAAGAAAUGGGCGUCCGGUUGGGGCAAGAAUGCGGUUAUUCGGUCCGCUUCGAGGACAUGACGAGCGAUAAGACGGUGCUCAAGUACAUGACCGACGGAAUGCUGCUCCGCGAGUUCCUCACCGACCCAGAACUAUCGACGUACUCCGCAAUCAUCAUCGACGAGGCGCAUGAGCGCACAUUGUCGACUGACAUCCUCUUCGGCCUCGUCAAGGAUAUUGCGCGCUUCCGCCCAGAACUCAAACUGCUCAUCUCGAGUGCGACGAUGAAUGCCCAAAAGUUCUCGUCCUUUUUUGAUGAUGCGCCUAUCUUCGACGUACCUGGCCGACGCUUCCCGGUCGACAUGUUCUAUACGCAGCAACCGGAGGCGAACUACAUCCACGCCGCCGUAACGACUAUUCUCCAAAUCCACACGACGCAGCCCAAAGGGGACAUCCUUCUCUUUCUGACGGGCCAGGACGAGAUUGAGGCGUGUGAAGAAAAUCUGAAGGAAACAAUGUAUACCCUCGGCGACAGGGUGCCCGAGCUGAUUGUGGCACCAAUUUACGCCAACCUCCCGACGGAGAUGCAAACCAAGAUCUUUGAGCCAACGCCUGAAGGGGCACGCAAGGUUGUCUUGGCUACCAACAUCGCCGAGACGUCCAUUACCAUUGACGGCGUCGUAUACGUCAUCGAUCCGGGCUUUGUCAAGCAGAACAACUACAAUCCGAAGACGGGCAUGUCGUCGCUCGUGGUGGAGCCUAUUUCACGUGCGUCCGCGCAGCAGCGCGCGGGCCGUGCAGGGCGUGUCGGGCCCGGCAAGGCAUUUCGUCUCUAUACGAAGUGGGCGUUCCGCAACGAGUUGCCGCAGGAUACGAUCCCAGAAAUUCAGCGGACCAACCUUGCCAUGGUCGUGCUGAUGCUCAAGUCGCUGGGUAUCAAUGACAUUCUCAACUUCGACUUUUUGGACAAACCUCCGGCCGAGACGAUCAUCCGCUCAUUCGAGAUGCUCUAUGCGCUCGGCGCACUCAAUCACAAGGGCGAGUUGACUCGGCUUGGGCGGCGUAUGGCCGAGUUUCCAGUUGAUCCGAUGUUGAGCAAGGCGAUUAUCGGCAGCGAGGUGUACAAGUGCACACAUGAGGUGUUGAUCAUUGUGUCAAUGGUACAGGAGAGCGGCUCACUGCUGUAUCGGCCGAAGGACAAGCGGGUGCACGCGGACAAGGCUCACAAAAACUUCCAAAAGCCUGGCGGUGACCACUUCACGCUGCUUAACAUUUUCAACCAGUGGGCCGACAGCAACUACAGUCAGCAGUUCUGCUACGAGAACUUUGUGCAAUACAAGUCGCUCGUGCGGGUGCGCGACAUCCGGGACCAGCUGGCGUCGCUCUGCGACCGCGUCGAGGUGGUGAUUGAAUCGCUGCCGAACGAGAUUGUGCCUAUUCAGAAGGCCAUCACGGCGGGUUACUUCUACAACACGGCCCGCCUUGACAAGGGCGGCAGCUACCGUACGACGAAGAACAACCACACUGUCUACCUCCACCCGUCGUCCGGGCUGAUCGGGAUGCAGCCACCGCCCCGCUUCAUCCUGUACUACGAGCUUGUGCUCACGAGCAAGGAGUACAUGCGGCAGUGCAUGCCCAUCGAGGGUUCGUGGCUCGCGGAGCUGGCCCCGCACUACUUCAAGAAGCAGGAGAUUGACCAGAUGCUCGGGAGUGCAAGCAAGAUCAAGAUGCCGAAGCAGAUUGCGCCGCCGACAGUUGGGCCGGUUGCGUCGUGAGAUGGUCGAGGAGAAGCGUCGCGGGAGGUUGAGGGACGUUGUAGCAUUAGAAGAAACUCACAACAUUGCAUUAUUGAUAGCAUAGUACUUUACCGCGUUAAAAGUCGGUCGCGCAAUGCGUGCCACGGACCGCAUGAGAUGGCGGUGCGAGCUUGUAUUCGGCAUCCAAUCGCUGGAGUCGUCCGCUCGGGCACUCUCUCGGGGAGCAACUGCGCAUGGGAAUACUCUCACGGACCGCUGAGCGUGAAAGCGGACCACAAUCAUCAUAUCCGUAGCAACGGUCCACACGGUCCCCAGUAAUCAAAUCGCCAUAAUGACCUCAUCCCGCUACCUGCGUGUGUUGGAUGGUGCUGGAAAAUGAAUGACG